AUGAGUUUGGGCUGUGGGGCAAAAGUCGUCUUCUCACUAUGUAAAACUAUUCCUGAUCCAGCAUGUUUUGUUGUGUACUUUGACAAUUUUUUCACCAGUCUAGAGCUUCGAUAUAAUAUGGGUAUACUCUCCUUAGACACCAAAAUCAAAUCAGGUCAAAUAGACUACGUGGUGCAGAACAAAAGCUUAUACCUGAUAAAGCCCUCAAAAAAAGGCCGCGGUUCUCAUUCACGAGUAGUGGUUACUGUGGCAAGCAGUUAUGUUUCUGAAACUACUGUUGCGGUUAUACAACGUUACAAUAAGGAUUUAAAACAGAGAGCUGCUGUCCCCUGUCCCAAUAUAUAA